CGGGGAGGCGGGGGAGGUGUUUUCCAGCUUUAAAAAGGCAGGAGGCAGAGCGCGGCCCUGCGUCAGAGCGACACUCAGAGGACUCCGAACUCGCCGGCACAGUCACCGCGCCGGGUCGGGCGGCCGGGCGCGGGCACCGGGGCGCGGGAGCACACCGCCGAGCCCCCGCCACCCCGCCACCCCGCCACGCAGCUCGGGCCCCAGGGCCGCGGCUCGGCCCGCCACGCGCGCACACGCCCCCCAAUGACAUUUGUCCGGGGCGGGCGGCGCUGAGCCGGGGGAGAGGUCCCUGCCUUCCCGGGAGACCCGGCCGGGGCGGCGGCGCCGAGCGCCUCCCGCUCCUCCUCCCGCUCCUCCUGCUCCCCGCCGCCGCCGCCGCCGCCGCCGCCGCCGCCGCCGCGUGGAUGCCAAGUACCAGUUUUCCAGUCCCUUCCAAGUUUCCACUCGGGCCUCCGGCUGCAGUCUGCGGGAGCGGAGAAACUUUGGGGCCCGCGCCGCCCUCCGGCGGCACCAUGAAGUCGGCGGAGGAAGAGCACUACAGUUAUGCACCCCCCAGCAUCGGCACCGCUCUGCCUCCCGGCCCGGCUCACCCCUCGCUGCCGGCUCUGUGCCACGACCUGCAGAGUGCCGCCCCGGGCAUGCCGGGCGCUGCGGCCGGCCAGCCCCCGGGCUACGGGGGGCCUGUGGACGGCGGGCCCUCCGGCUACCUCCUGUCCUCCAGCCACAUCCGGCCCAACGGAGCCCCCGCCCUGGAGAGCCCCCGCAUCGAGAUCACCUCGUACAUGGGACUGCACCACGGCAACAACCAGUUCUUCCACGAUGUGGAGGUGGGAGACGUCAUUCCCAGCUCCAAGCGGCCCCCCUCGACGGCCACCCUGAAUCUGCCCAACCUGGAGGCCUACCGGGACCCCUCGUGCCUGAGCCCGGCCAGCAGCCUGUCUUCCCGCAGCUGCAACUCUGAGGCCUCGUCCUACGAGUCCAACUUUUCGUACCCCUACGCGUCCCCGCAGACGUCCCCGUGGCAGUCGCCCUGCGUGUCCCCCAAGACCACAGACCCCGAGGAGGGCUUCCCCCGCGGCCUGGGCGCCUGCGGCCUGCUGGGGUCCCCCAGACACUCGCCCUCCACUUCGCCCCGCACGAGCGUCACGGAAGAGAGCUGGCUGGGGGCCCGCACGUCCCGGCCGUCGUCCCCCUGCAACAAGAGGAAGUACGGCCUCAACGGCCGGCAGCUCUCCUGCUCCCCGCACCACUCGCCCACGCCGUCCCCGCGCAGCUCGCCGCGGGUCAGCGUCACCGACGACACCUGGCUGGGCAACAGCACGCAGUACACCAGCUCCGCCAUCGUGGCCGCCAUCAACGCCCUGAGCACCGACAGCACCCUGGAGCUGGGCGACGGCGUCCCCGUGAAGGCGCGCAAGACCGCCCUGGACCGCUGUCCCUCGGUGGCGCUCAAGGUGGAGCCGGCCGGCGAGGACCUGGGGGCCACGCCGCCCACGUCUGAGUUCCUGCCCGAGGAGGUCCCCCCCUUCCAGCACAUCCGGAAGGGCGCCUUCUGCGACCAGUACCUGUCGGUGCCGCAGCACCCCUACCAGUGGGCCAGGCCCAGGUCCCCGACAUCCUACGCCAGCCCGUCCCUCCCCGCCCUGGACUGGCAGGUGCCCUCGCGCUCGGGGCCCUACGAGCUGCGGAUCGAGGUGCAGCCCAAGCCUCACCACAGAGCCCACUACGAGACGGAGGGGAGCCGCGGGGCUGUGAAGGCGUCGGCCGGAGGACACCCCAGCGUGCAGCUACACGGCUACUUGGAGAACGAGCCGCUCACGCUACAGCUGUUCAUCGGGACCGCUGACGACCGCCUGCUGAGACCCCACGCCUUCUACCAGGUGCAUCGGAUCACGGGCAAGACCGUGUCCACCACCAGUCACGAGGCCAUCCUGUCCAACACCAAAGUCCUGGAGAUCCCGCUGCUGCCGGAGAACAACAUGAGAGCCAUCGUGGACUGCGCCGGGAUCCUGAAGCUCAGAAACUCGGACAUCGAGCUGCGCAAAGGGGAGACAGACAUCGGGAGAAAGAACACCAGGGUGAGGCUGGUCUUCCGGGUCCACAUCCCGCAGCCCAACGGCCGGACGCUGUCCCUGCAAGUGGCCUCGAACCCCAUCGAGUGCUCCCAGCGGUCGGCCCAGGAGCUGCCCCUCGUGGAGAAGCAGAGCGCGGCCAGCUGCCCCGUCCUCGGCGGGAAGAAGAUGGUCCUGUCCGGCCAUAACUUUCUGCAAGACUCCAAGGUCAUUUUCGUGGAGAAAGCACCAGACGGUCACCACAUCUGGGAGGCCGAGGCAAAGACGGACAGAGGCCUGUGCAAGCCGAAUUCGUUGGUGGUCGAGAUACCGCCUUUCCGCAAUCCGAGAAUAACGAGCCCCGUCCAAGUCAGUUUCUACGUCUGCAACGGGAAGAGGAAGAGGAGCCAGUAUCAGCACUUGACCUACCUUCCUGCGAACGCUCCAACCAUAAAAACAGAGCCCGCCGACGACCACGAGCCUGCCCUGACCUGUGGGCCAGGGGGCCAGGGCCUGAGCCCGCUCCCGCAGCCGCGCUUCAGCCAGCAGCUCGUGGUGCCACCCGACCCGGGCUCCUGCCUGGUGGCCGGCUUCCCGCCCUGUCCGCAGAGAAGCGCCGUGGUGUCGCCGCCACCCGGCACCGGCCAGGAGCUCCACGACCCGUCUUCCGCUGCCUACGGCAAGGGCACGGCCAGCCAGGGCCACGGCCACCUUGGACUUCAGCGGCCGGCCGGAGGGGUGCUCGCCGUUCGGGAGACGCCGAGGCCUGUGGGCGUGCACCCCGGGCCCCCCCAGCAGCCGCCCCCCGCCCUGCUGCAACCACAGUCCUGCAGCCCUACCCGCCCAUCCGAGAUGGGCCGCCAGCAGCACCGACUGCCGAAGGCUCCGAGGAGCGAGUCUGCAGCCCCCCGGCCCCCGCCGCUGCCCGAGGUGCGUGAGGACAGUAGUCAUAGUCUGGCUCCCUUUCCCGUAACGGUCAAGCGAGAGCCUCAGGAGCUGGACCAGCUGUACCUGGACGACGGAGCGUGUAACGAAAAAGCCAAGAACGGGGUUUCUGUCCAGUCGCCAGGAGUCUGGGGCACUUGCGGCACGUAAACGUCGCUGCCAGGGUGGCUCACGCUUGGGACCGCCCCUCGCGUGUGACCUGCUCUGUCUGCAGAGCGACGCCCUGGAACCUGGGAGGAUUAACGCGUUACAGAUUUCCGUUUGUCUUAAAGAAUAACGUAAGCGUAAGAGAACUGGCCUGAAAACGAAUCCCAACUUUUUCUUUUCUUUUUUUUUUUUUAGAAUUUGUUUUUCAGUUGUCUCUACUCUCGGGUUUUGUUUCAAAAGUACUUGGCCUGUAAAAGUAUUCGGCCCUUCAGUUAUUAUUUGUUCUUCGGUGCGACAGUAUCCGUAGGAUUUAAGCUCUCGAUUUAGACUUCUCCAUCAUGGCAGAAUCACAGGCAUAUGUUUUUAAGAGAUCCGUGUUAUGGGCCUUGUGCUAUUUCAGAUGUAGAUUUUUUUAAAUCGGCUGUAGAAGCGAGCCAGGAGCCCUUUCUGGGGUACGACCCUGUGAGUUCCCCGUGUGCAGAAGGCAGCUGUGUGGCCGUGCGCCCCCUGUGGUAACGGGUUGUCCGUGGCUUACGCAAAAAUGUGAGCAGCUCACACACGCGCACGUGUAACUGUCCGUGUGUCACGGCCUUUGGAAAGGUACCCUACGCGUUUCUGGAGCACACGGCAUUCACCGCGUGUUAUGUGAACAGGACCCACACAAGAACGGCUUUUGCAGAAACGGGCACCUCCUUUGAGCUUUGCUGCUGACGCGCUUGCUCCCGAGGCGUUGGUGUGUCUGCGCCUUCGCCCCCGUUGUCACCCCGCCCGCCCUGCAGCCUCAGCCACAAUCGGCCCUUUCAGUCCCCGCCAGCAGCGCUCAGCCUUCCAGAAGUCUCCAUGUCAUUAAAACAACAAGCAGGUGGACCAGGCGGCCAGGAUCGUGUCUGCCCGAGUCUGGGCUGUGAGUCCCCUGCUCUGCUCCCCCCUCUUCCCUCAGCCCAAGCUGCUCUGGGAGAGAACAGAAUCUUUCCUCAUGGAAAGUUUUACUGACCUGGCUUGGCACCCAAGGCUGGGGCCUCCCCCAUUCCAUUCGUGAUGGAAAGAGUCUGUAUCACGGUGAUCAAACACGCGAGUCGUUAACGCUGUGGACGGCGGCUACUGCGUGAUGGGUAGAAGAAUGAAUUUAGCCACGCAAAUGAUUCAUUAGAGUCAGUCCUUCAUGCACGUGGAUGUGCACCUCGGAGUCUCGAGGCGUAAAAAUUACGCCCCACGCCACUGGAGACAGGGUCUGCUGUUGGUGGGUUGCAGGCUCUGAGAAUGGGUUCUCUGGAGACCCCGCAGAGGGCUCUCCCAGCGCAGAAGUGAGUCCCCCAGGCCUGGCCUGAAGCUGCUGACCCAAGAAGCAGAGCCUCUAACUGGUCACUUCCAGGUACCGGAGCGCCUCAAAGGGCCGUGGCAGGCUUUUCCGACCCGCGCGCGCUCCUCGCGGGGCCCUCGGUCCGUGUGUGCACGGAGCUGUGCGUCAAGGGACGGUGCGCCUCGUGGAGGUCAGAUACGCAGACGUUGGUGUAAAUAUUUUAGCCUUUGUCCAGAUAAACCGGCAACUAGCAGAGACCGUUGGUCAGUGUGACGAGGGUCUCUCAAGUGGACGUGGCCAGCGCCCCAGCCCCGCGUUUCCACUGUCUCAGAAGGUGUGCGCUUCCCCUUGGGAACCUGCUGCCGCCGACCCUCAGGGCAGCGGUGGUCAGGAGGCCGGGCCUCCACGAAGGAAGAGGGGAAAGAGAGCGGGGGGUCCGGGAGGCCUGCUGAGGAAGGCCCUCUAGAAGUAGCGUGCAGACGCGGACCGGCACCCAGCCCGUAAUCCGUCGGGCCGUGACGUCAGAGCAUCUGCUCCUUCCGACGUGCCGCGGGGCCAGGCGGGCAAGGGGCCCUUCAGUGCGUGGGACGUGGGAGCUUCGGUGUCGGUGAGGUUCCGGGCACUUUCCUCCAUUCUUACCUGGUAUAGACGUUACCUAGAAGCACGGAGUGCUUUGAGUUAUCUUGUUUCCGAUGACGAUACCGUUCUAGAGUCUGCCUGCUUUCUGUGUACUCGGAGGGGGAUCCGUGGGAUUGCCGUCAGUGAUGUUUCCGCCUCUCCUCGCCGUCACGGGCCUUAGCUCGUUUCCCUCUUAGCGUUAACUUGAGGUGAAGAGAUAGAGUUGGAGAAGGAAAGCAAAGGGAAGAGCCCAAGACCGCCAUGGAGCUCAGCAGCCUUCCAUCUACUUACGGCAGGAGCGCAGAGGACCCGCCAGCUGAUGCCCAGAUGUGACUGCGCUUGUGGGCAGCGUGGGACGUGCUCGUGGUGCCUUUGUCCUUUGUCACGGGCGAGCUCUGAGUAGCCGCAGAGUGUGCGUGGACGAGCAUUUCAUGACUGCCAUGCUGGUUCUCUCUGACUUCCUCCUGCAGAGAGCAGGGCACCUUUCUGAGAGUUCUUUAAAUGGCUUUGUCUCUGCCACAGAUCGGGUUGUACGACUCGGGCCUGGGCUCCGUGCCUUUUCUUUCUCUGAGGCUCGCGGCGCUUUCCUACUUGAGAACGAGCGCUCUUUACAGAUACCUUCAGAUCCGUGAGCCUGCGAAUAGCACGCCACUGUGCCGCGUCACCGGAGCGUGAAGCUGUAAGGCAAAGCAUUUAAGAGCAUAAUAGCCACAUUCAAAAAGCACGGUUGGUGAUCGACCAUCAGGGCCUGGCGUCUCUUUGGGGAGAGUGGUGACCAGGGCAGCGGAGGGCUCUGUCUACAUCUGUCGGACAACUGUGUUUUUGUAAGAGCAGCCAGACUCUUCUGUAACUCAGGCCGGGCGCUGGGCUCUCCUGCCCCUGGAGCUGCAGGCAAAGAGACGGCUAGGCACGGACGCUUUUAAGCGAUCUUCCUGACAGAGAAGUGUAUUCUUACCUACGGAUCCCUAAGGAACACCGAGUCACUGGCUCACGGGUGUCCGUCACGUUCAGGCAGAGAAGAACACGGAUGCUUGGAAUUGUAGCAACAUUCUUCCCGUCGGAACUGAGAAAGUCGUUCCCGACCGAGCUGACGCAUCAUUGUCAACAGAGAACCCAUGUGCCAGUAACAGCACGGCCUUUGGCGCUUUUCAGACUGACUGUUUGCAUACGUUCUCUCAGUUCACGUCUUCAGCCUUGUAACAGACCCGUGGCCGGAAGUGCCAGUGUUGGCCACACUCGGCAGGGAAGACGGGGCUCGCAGACGGGUUGGUUAAUGUGCUCACGACACACUGAACAAGUGACAGGCCAGGAGCACCACGGGGAUCUGCCAGCUGUGGCGUAAGUGCAGCCUCUUUACCAGGGUCGGCUCUGUUAUGAGUAUCUCCGCCCACUAGACGUGUGACAUUUAAAGCGUCCUGCUUAAAAGUCUGGCUUGCAAGCGUGAGUGGGCCUUGCAAACCCAGGAGGACCGUGGUGUGUCUUCAUCGGAGAACCUCUGGUUCUCGCCGGAGGCACCUUUUGAGAGCUCAGAAAGGAUGCCGAGACAGACAGGACUUGCAGAGUGUUGGAGAGAGGGCCUCGUGCAGUCAGCACUCCCAAAGAAAGCAACAAAAAUACUGACAGAACUACCAAAUCAAUCAUUUCACAAUCUGGAAGUUCACCGAAGAGGCGGAACAAACUGAAAAGCAUUUACUCGAGAAAAAACAGACCCACGAAGAAGAGUGGGUCUGUGAUGGUGUAAGCGGGGGCUACUCCCAUCCCGCCUUCCCCAGCUCCUUGGAGCAUAGCUGUGGAAAGACGGCAGCUUCACAGACCGUGAAGGACGUUGGCCUCUGUGGGGCUCGGUGAACACCCUGCCCCGGAGCGCAAACAGUGUCUCGACUGGUGGUGAAGCUCCCCGGAAGGGUCGUCUUCCCGGGCCAUGAUGGAAAACACGGACGGCUAGACUCACGCUUGCGGGAGACUGCCCAGGCUGGGAUCUCAACCGGGGCCAGCGGGAGACCGGCCACACUAGGUGACCGCAGCGGGGUUAACAAGCCCCGACAUAUUCCCGGGGACCGGGAGACCGCACGUGUGCACACAGACGCGCACAUGCUCAGGAAAGACCCGGGGAAAGAAAGGACCGGGUCGUUCGCCGCAGGCUGGCCUGGAGACCCUGUGCGGAAGCAAAGUGGAUGCUGAGGCUGACUUGGGGAUUGCCUGCAGUUCGAUCUCAUCAACAGAAGGUGGAGACGUAAGGCAUUUAAAGAAACCUCCCGACUGACCAUUAACCCUGCUAACCUGAGGGUGACCCUUGGGAAGCCAGGCUUCAAGAUAAAAACAUGGUUUUCAAAGAGGAAUAGAGAACUUAGUAGCCACACAUUACAGAGGAUACAGGAUCCACAGAAUCCGUCCAGAAAAGUCAUCAAAUACACAGCAGCAAGGGAAGGGGGAAAUAAAGAGCAAACCCUAUUGGCGGAGGAGUCUGUUUCCAAAGUUCCUCCAAUACGUUAUCUGUAAUGCCCAGUUUUCAACUAAAACAUUACGAAACCUGGAAAGAAACUUGAAAAUAUGUCCCAUACAGACGGGGAAGAAACAAUGCACCAGACUAGACAGUGUCCCUGAGAGGGCUCAGCUGUUGGACUUAGCAGCAAGGGCUUUAAGUCAGCGGCUGGAGAUCUGUUCAAAGAACUAAAGGAAACUAUGUUUAAAUAAUUAAAGGAAAGUAUGACAACAGUGUCUCAGCAAAUAGAGAUUAUCCAUAACAAGAUUAAAAGUUUUUUCAAGAACCAAGUAGACAUUCUCGCCUUGCAGAGUACGAUAACUGAAACGAAAAGUUCAUUAGAGAGGCUCAGAGGCAGAUUGGGAUUGGCGGAGAAAAAGAGUCAACGAACUUGAAGAAAUGUCUAUAGAUUAUCCAGUCUGAGGAAUAGAAAGAAAAAAGGAAAAUGAAUGUGUGGGAAACCAUAAAACAUGUAAAUAGGCAUACUGAGAAUCAAGAAAGACGGGAGAGAGAAAGAAAGGGGUAGGAAAAAUAUAUGAAGAGAUAAUGGCCCAAAUCUCCCCAGAUUUGAUGAAAAACAUUGUACAUAUCCAAAAACAAAACAAAAAAUCAACAAAUUCCGAGUAGAAUAAAUCCAGAGAAAUACAGCUAAGCCCAUUAUAAUCAGACUGUCGAAAGUCAAAGGGAAAGACACAAUCCUGAAACCAACAGGAGAGAAACAAGUCCCCAGGGACACGGAGUCCUCAACAAGAGUAGUGGCUGACUUCUCACUAGCAAUCGCAGAGGUCACAGAGGAAAAGACCAUUGACCAAGAAGUCAAUAGCUAGCAGAUCUAGCUUUAAAAAUGAAGGAGAAAUGGGGCGCCCGGGUGGCUCAGUCGG